UAACAAAACCAAAACCAAUGGAGGAUUCCCUUCUCUCCUCCUCUUCCAUGGCCAAACGUCCCAAACCUCCAUCAUCACCUCAUCUUCUUCCCGAUUCCGAUCACUUCACCAUGGAUGCUCUCUUAUCCUCUUUCUUAUCUCUCUCCGAUUCCCCUUCAAUCCACACCUCCUUCGACCGUCUCAUCCAGUCUACCGAUUCCGAUUCCGAUCAGAAUCACUUGAUCCAACGUGCUCUCCAUCUCGGCUCUCUUCUCCUUGAAGCUGCAAAUCGAUCUGCUCGUAGAUGCUCAUCGUCUCAUAACGCCGUCGUUUGGCCUCUCUCCCCUGACCUCACCAUCAAGGUUUUUUCGAUGCUUGAUACGCAAAGUGUGUGUUAUGCUGCGGCUACGUGCUCGUUUUUUCAGAAGUGUGCUAUGGAUCCUUUGUGCUUUGCUAACAUUGACUUGGCUACCUUGGUCCCAAAAGUCAAUAAUGCUGUGGUGUCUACUAUGAUUCAUCGAGCUGGAGUUGCACUUAAGUCUAUCAAACUUGGUGUAUUGCCGCCCAUUCCUGCUCCUCCUUUCUUUUCGUCUCAGCCAUUAGUUUACAGCAUUAGGAACUCUAACGAUGCGUCAGGAUUUUCGUGGAAUGACAAGCGAUCCAGGCAAGGAAGGGAGUCUUCCAUUCUAACAAGGUCUUGCUUGAAUUCUUUGAGUGGGAAUGGUGGUGCACCUGGGGCUCAUUUGAGGAGAUUGCACCUUUACAACAUUGAAAGAAUGGAUAAUACAGCCCUCUUGGCAUCAUUAUCAGCUUGCCCUUCUCUCCUCGAUCUAGAAAUUGUGGGCCUGCAUGUUGAGUUGAGGCAUACGUUGGAGUCGGUAAGUAAACAUUGCCCCUUGAUAGAACGUUUGGUUUUCGAAUCUUCAAAAACAGGUAGAGAUGAUGGUUUGAAAUACCCCACCUGCAAUGAGUUCGUUCUCAACUGUCCUAACAUAACUACUUUGGCGCUAAAAGGAUUCAAGUUGCAUGACUACAAGGCUCGUAUGCUGGUGAAGGGGUUGCGCAAAUUGAAACAUAUUGACCUGUCAACAUCUUAUUCGUUCACCGGUGCCUUUUUAAAGAACCUUAGUGCCAAUGGAGGUGGAGAUCAUUUGGAGGUGAUGAUGUUACGAGACUGUAUGCAUCUCAAAGAAAUUGAAGUUGAGCUGUUUAUGGCAGCUGUUCUUGCAGGGGAAUUCAGACUCCUAAGACAUCUUGACAUAUCUAACCGGGAAGGUCUAGCAUGUGGAGGUGACUGGUAUAACAGAUGUUACAGUGCAAGUUUCAUUCCUAUAAAGGAACUAUUGGAGCAGAGGCCGGAUUUCUGCCUCGUGGCAGAGUUCCCAAAAGGAAGUUACUUUGACGUUGAACAAUUGACGGAGAGCGAUGUGAGUUUGAGUUUAUCAUCAGGGUCGCACUCAAGCAGCCAUACGGCUUAUCAUUCAGUUUUCAUGAACACAUCAGAUGGCAGUUAUAAUAGUGAUCAUGGUAGUGGUAAUGAGGACAGUAUAGAAAGCAGCUUUAUAAUUUACGAAGAGAAUUCAGAUUAGGUCCUCCGCUUUCUUUCCGUUUCUCCAACGAGCAACGAUGUAGAAUAUCCUAGUUAAUAACCAGGUAUGUCUCUCUCCCCCGAGACUGGGCGUAGCCGGGUGAGAGAAUUGUGCAAAGUUGUAGGGUUUUAAUCUUAGGAAUUUGUCGAAGCUUGUCCUUUCUCUCUGAUUUUGUUCCACCUAUUUUAGCAGGACAAAUAAAAUGCAUUUUUUGUCCCAUUCUGGGGUA